AUGGCAUCAAUGAACUGGUUGGGUUUCUCUCUCUCCCCUCAAGAACUUCCAUCACAUUCUGCUAUUGAAAACCAAUCUCAAACAGUGGGAUUCAACUCUGAAGGAAUCUCCACCGAAUGCUUUGAUCAUCUCACCUCCGAGUCCACUCAUCACUCACUCAACCUCCCUCCUUCUUUUGGCUUAUUUGAAGAACUCAACCAAAACCAUUGUACUCAUACUCCUCUAGAUUGGAACACAAAGGGUUUGGAAAGCAACUCAGAGGAUAACUACAACAGCCAAAACAUGCUAUUGGGAACAUCAUGCAGCCAAAGCAACCAAAACCUCGACAAAAACCAACAACAACCAAAACUCGAAAACUUUCUCGGCCCUCACUCUUUUGGAGAUUUUAUGUUCCAAAACUGUUCAUUAAAACUUCCGACUCAGCCGUCGGAAAAGCCACCAACAGCCGGUGUUGGAGGUGGCAGUCCAAAAAACAGUAACUCUAUUGGGUUGUCAAUGAUAAAGACAAUGCAGAGGAACCAACCGUCACAAUCAGAAGCUGCAAAUACAUCGCUUUCCAUGAGCACGCAACAACCUAGGACGACAGUACUUGAUAGCAAAGCAGGAAUUAAUACUGUUGAGACUGUGCCUAGAAAGUCCAUUGAUACAUUUGGACAGAGGACUUCCAUAUACCGUGGUGUAACCAGGCAUAGGUGGACUGGUAGAUAUGAGGCUCAUCUAUGGGACAAUAGUUGUAGAAGAGAGGGACAAACUCGCAAAGGAAGACAAGUUUACUUGGGAGGUUAUGACAAAGAAGAAAAGGCAGCCAGAGCUUACGAUUUAGCAGCGCUGAAGUACUGGGGAACUACAACAACAACAAAUUUUCCGAUUAGCCAAUAUGAAAAAGAAUUGGAAGAAAUGAAGAACAUGACAAGGCAAGAGUACGUCGCGUCAUUGAGAAGGAAAAGCAGUGGUUUUUCUCGCGGUGCAUCCAUUUAUAGAGGAGUAACGAGGCAUCACCAAAAUGGCAGAUGGCAAGCUAGGAUUGGAAGAGUUGCAGGCAACAAAGAUCUCUACUUGGGAACUUUCAGCACCCAAGAAGAGGCUGCAGAGGCAUAUGAUGUUGCAGCCAUCAAAUUUCGAGGACUGAAAGCCGUUACAAACUUCGACAUGAACAGAUACGACGUUAGGAGUAUACUUGAGAGCAGUACUUUACCAAUUGGUGGUGCUGCCAAACGUUUAAAGGAUGUUGAAAAGGUUGAUAUGAACGUGAAUGAGCAAAGGUCAAACAUGGAUUCCACUAUGAGCUAUGGAGCUCUUCCAUUCCAGCAACCUCAUCCUUAUAGCCAGCUUCAUUACACCUAUGGAAUUCAGAAGCUUUGGUGCAAACAAGAACAAGAUUCUGAUGUUUCUCAAUCCUUACAAGAUAUUCAUCAACUACAAUAUUUAGGAAAUACCCACAAUUUCUUUCAGUCCAGUUCAGGGUUGCAGUACCCUGUCAUGAGCAUUGAUUCUGCUUCUUCUAUUGAUGUUAAUAGCUCUGGAUCUAACUCUGUCAUUAAUGGUUGUGGGGCCUACUUGAUUCCCAUGGCUACUACUACUACUACUACUAAUACUUUCAUUGCAGAUGAAGGUAACCAAAAUCAAAGAAUCAGCAACGGUUUUGGUGAUAGUGAUGUAAACACGCUUGGUUAUGAAAAUGUAUUAAGCUAUAGUGAUCCUUAUCAUGCAAAGAACUUGUAUUAUCUUUCGCAGCAAACAUCUGCAGGUGCAGUUAAGGGUAGUGCAUACGAUGCAUUCAAUAACUGGGUGCCAACUGCGAUUCCAACUAUUGCACCAAGGCCUAACGAUUUGGCUCUCUGUCCUGGAGCUCCACCGUUCACAUGA